AUGUGCUCAGUAACAACGAGCUUGGCCGUCGCCUCGAGUGGCGCCGUGGACUACGGCAGCGUCCAGGCCGAAGGGAAGGAUAAUGACUGCGUCGUCAUGGCAUCAGCGGGCGAUGGAGAAGACGACGAAGACCCGGCCGACUACCAGGACAUGAACAUGGUCGAUCUUAUCUUCGACGGCAAGACCGCCGUCGCCAAGCACCGGCUCGAGAACGGUCUGUACACCAAGGAGGACCUCGUCGCGACACGGGUAUACACUGGCAUGGAAUUUACCGUAGCUCAUGGCUCUCGAUACUAG